UUGAUAUUAUCUAAGCGUAACCUCAAAUGUGACUAUUUUCUGUAAAAAAAUAUUUAAUAAUACACUGAAUUAAAUCCUUGGAACCAGUAUGACUGUAUUUAUAUCAAAAAUAGUGUCAAGGUCUUUGCGUCAAGUGUCUAAAACAAUUGUACCAUGUAUAUCAGAUUGUUUACCGGCAAGAACUUAUUCAUUUCAGAAAAAAAAUGUAUUAUUUCGCAAUGGGCAGCCUUUUUUUAGGAAAUACUCAAAUGAUAAUAUUAUACCAACGACAAUGGCGAUGGACGACACAUGCUUACCAUUAAAAAAGAAAACAGUUCACAAAAAACUCGAACUCGAAGAUUUAACUAAGAAAGAGGGCCAUUUUUUAACUUUAGCUUAUGCCACAGCAUAUUCGUAUGACCUUAAGGCCUUAAGGGAGGGUUUGCUGCAGCAGAAGCUCUACGAGCCGGGAACGUUAAAAGCUCAAGAAAUAGGCGAUGUAGUGGUAGCUAAUGCAGUUUAUGCAAUUGGUGAUGAACCACGGGAGAUCAUAUUUUUCCGAGAAGGAGCAGUCGUUUUUUGGAAUUGCACAGAAUUGGAAGCAAAUAAUGUACUGGAGUUUGUAAAACCUUAUGAAGAAGAAAGCUAUCCAACUGAUGUGGUUAAGAAGGAAAGAGAAGUGAUGUCAUAUCAAUACCAGCCUACAGCAAAGAGAUGUUAUCUUCAAGAAUCGUGUUUCGUUUUGGUGCCAAAUAAUGACAAUUCGCUGGAGAGAUAUUCUUUCAGCCACGCCAUGGCGCAGUCGGCGCGGCUGGGCGCGUGGGAGGCGCGGCUGGCGGCGCUGGCGGCCGACGUGCGCGCGCACGCCGCCGUCAUGCAGCGCGACGGCGCCGCACACGUCGAGAAAAAGGAGGUGGUCCGCAAGCUGGGUGAGCUGUUCUCCCUCCGGCAUCGACUGAAUGUUGAGUCCGACCUUCUCGACACACCCGACUUCUACUGGGAAGAGGAGAGGCUGGAACGAUUGUACUCCAACACGGUGGCAUACUUCACCAUACCGAGGCGCACCAGGGUGCUGAACGAGCGCCUGUCGCACUGCGUGGAGCUGCUGGAGCUGCUGUCGUCGUGGGCGGCCGACCGACACCACGUGCGCCUCGAGUGGAUGGUCAUCGCGCUCAUCCUGGCGGAGGUCUGCUUCGAGCUGCUGCACUGCUGCGAGCGAUACUUGUUCGACUCGCAUCAGCGGUAGUCUUGGACACCCAUCUAAGUUUUAAAACGGAUCUAACUUAUUAUAGUAUGUUAAUUCUUGUAUAUGUAUAAAAGUGGCUAUAUGUGAUCAAAUUGCCAGCCAUUCUCACCAAACUGUUGAUUUGGUUUUACUGUGAACCGAGAUCUUUUGACUGUUAGAAAUGGAUCAUUGCGAUUGUAAAUUCGAUAUUAAAGAAGCUCGUUUUUAAAAAUGGAACUGCUUUUGUAAAGCUAUAUUAUUAUAACUAGUAUAGCUUUUAGUGGUAUCUUGUCAAAUUUGUUUCACGAUUUUUUUUUGGUGUCGUUGGUAGAGUUACUUUCUAUAAGUUUCAUUUAUAUACCUCUAUCUUGAUUUUCAAUCUUCACUUGUCAAUCUUAUUGGUCCGACAGUCUCGAGUGACAAAUGUAAUCAAUACAAAGAAUAUGUUGAGCUUUCGUUUAAUAUCAAAUGCGUUUUACUUCGACUACAAUAUGUAAUAAAGUAACGAUACGUCAGCUAUUGAUAUAUAUGAAUAAAUCAUUUAUUGCCUCUGGCAUAGAGGAGGCAAUACGCAACUAAAAUAUUCCAGGUAAAUUAGUUAGGUGAUAUAAUAUUGAUAUUGAUUUAGAUUAAAAAGUUCGUUUAUAUCUUAGGCAUUGUGCAAGCCCGUCUGAGUAGGCCCCACCCACUCAUCACAUAUCCUCAGAGCCGUCUCAAGCUAUGCUGGGGGCCCUUGGGCAUCUAUGAAUUUGGGGCCCCUUUUGCUAGAUAUUUUUUGGUCUAAUUUGGUAAAUUGUUGGUUCUUCGGGGCCCUCUUAGGAUGGGGGCCCUGGGCACGUGCCCCAUGUGCCCUAUGGUAAAGACGGCAAUGCAUCUAUAUCAUAUCCUACAG